AUGUCGACAACAAAACGCAAGGCGCCGGUUAAGCUGGCUGCGCCUGUUUCUCGAACCAGCGCUCGAAUCCCCAACAAGGCCGUCAUCGACGAGUCAAAGACCUCUAUUGCCGGCCCCGACGCCUACGGAUCAGCCCAGGUCGAGACCAUUGAGCUCUCGUCAGAUGCCGACAGCGACGAAGAUCUCUCCGACGCUGAGAGCCUCACUGAGGAGCAGCAGAAGCCCACUGAGGAAGCCUCCAACACAAAGCUUGUGAAGCAAAAGUCCAACGACGAGGCCGAGGACGAAGAUGAGGAUGGCGCAGCGCCUUCAUUCGGAGAGCUUCUCCGUGUCGAGAACGACAUCAUUGAUGUUCCCUCAGCUAUCAACGGCACAAUUGUUUCUCACUCUACGCGAAACGCUGUUGCGCCUCCCAGUCACCAGUCUCUUGCUACCGUCCUUUCUCAGGCUCUUCGCACCGACGACACAGACCUUCUCGAGUCUUGCCUGCACACUACCGAUCUCGCCACCGUCCACAACACCAUUGAGCGCCUCGAUAGCGCCCUCGCCGGUACCCUUCUCACCAAGCUCGCAGCCCGCCUGUACCGCCGUCCUGGUCGUGCUGGUGCCCUCGUCGCUUGGGUUAACUGGACACUGAUCGCCCACGGUGGUGCUCUCGCAUCGCAGCCCAAGGUUCUCCAGAGCCUCAGCGGUCUGCAAAAGGUUCUCUCCGAGCGCGCAAAGGGUCUCUCCAGCCUUCUUGCCCUAAAGGGUAAGCUCGAAAUGCUCGAGUGCCAGAUGAAGCUCCGACGCAGGGUUUACAGCGGUCUUAACAACAGCGGCGACUCAGACUCUGACGACGAUGAGGAUGUUAUCUGGGUUGAGGGUGAAGACGAAGCUGCACGCACACCUGGCCGAAGGCGCGGCGCCCUGGAUGGUGAUUUCGACGAUUCAGACGAUGACGUUCCCAUCACCAACGGCUUUGUCGGCGAUUCUGAUGAUGAGGAGGAGUCAGCCGGCGAGGAAGCUGAUAGCGAUGCCGAGGAGUCCCUCGACGAGGAUGAGGUCAACCACGAGGAUGUGGACGAUUCCAUGGGCGAGGAUGAGGAGAGCGAUGUCGAAGCCGCAGCUGCACCACCGUCCAAAUUGCAAAAGACUGCCUCCAACUUUAGCAAGAGGAGAUGA